GGCGGUUGACAGGUGUUGGGUUGUGUGUGCAGCGCGGCGCUGCGGCUUCAGUUUAGCGGAUAAAGUUGAGAGUUUUCUGUCCGUGUGUCUCUGACAUGAAAAGCGCGUGAAGCUUCGGACUGAGCGCGAGACCUUCAGGACGACCACCAGUGUCAGAGUGUCCUCAUUGGCUGAGAGCCGUCUGGAGGCAGAGUCAGAGUGACAGGGUCGUGUCGUGGGGGCGACUUCCUCUGAGCAGAGGACAAGAUGCUGCUGACUUCCUGCUCCGCCCCCUGCAGCUACAUCUGGCUCUGGUGCCUCCUGAUGGUCCUGACGGCUCCUACAGCAGCUCUCGGGGGCGACCAAUCGGAGGUGUGCGGUGGUCGGGACUGCUCCACCUGUCAGUGUUUCCCAGCCAAAGGAGCCCGGGGGUCUCCAGGUCUUCUGGGGCGGCAGGGCCCUCCGGGGCCCCCGGGCUUUCCAGGCCCUCAGGGGCCUCCAGGACAGAAGGGCCAGAGAGGAGACGAGGGGCCGACAGGAGCUGUAGGACUGAAAGGAGACUCGGGAAGUGUCGGCGUUCCAGGUUUUCCGGGUAUAGAAGGAGUUCCGGGUCACCCGGGUCCGGCUGGCGGACCUGGUUUUCCAGGUCUGGAUGGAUGUAACGGAACCAGAGGACAGAAAGGAGGACCUGGAUUUCCAGGAAGACCAGGACCUGAUGGAGAACAGGGUUUUGCAGGACCGAAGGGGUUUCCAGGAGAUCCAGCAGUCUACUACAUACAGUACCCUGGAAUACCUGGAGGCGUUGGCCAAAGUGGACUUCCUGGUCGGCCGGGUGAACGGGGUCUGCCUGGUCCGAUGGGAAAUGUGGGUACUUCAGGACUGGAUGGGACUAAUGGUCUUCCUGGUCUACCUGGCUCCAGAGGUCUACCUGGAGAAAAGGGUCGAUCUCUGCCAGGACAGAAAGGAGACGAGGGGGAUCAGGGCCUCCAGGGGCCUCCUGGACCGUUUGAGUACGUCGACCCUCCAGAAGACCUGUACAUUAAAGGAGAACAGGGUCCUCGAGGGCCUAAAGGAGUCUGUGGAAGUCAGGGACUGCCGGGUUUGGACACUCUAAAGGGGAUAAAAGGAGAGAAGGGGAUUGUGGGAUUCCCUGGACCCAGGGGAACUUCUGGUUACCCUGGCGUGCUCGGAGAGAAAGGAUUCAAGGGAAUCCAAGGAAUUCCGGGUCUCCCAGGUCUGAUUGGAAGAGAAGGUCCUAAGGGCAUGAUGGGAAAUCCGGGUCCUAAAGGCCUCCCUCAUGAAGCAGAAGUCACACACACAGGUGACGUUGGAGACCCCGGAGCUACUGGACUGAGGGGCUCUCCAGGGGACAAAGGGCUGAUGGGAAUGCAAGGCCCCCCAGGAGCCCCCGGCAGAUCCAUACCUGGACGGGCAGGUAUUGUGGGUGAGAGGGGAGUUCCAGGAUCCAGAGGGGACCGAGGAGAUCCAGGUCUGGUGUAUUUAAACGGUCCAACACCUGGAGAACCUGGAAAAUCAGGACGCCCAGGAGUCAAAGGACUAAAGGGAGAACCAGGGGUUCCAGGUACUUACUGUCUUCCCGGGGCUCCAGGACAGUCUGGCAAUCCAGGUGAUCAGGGGCCACCGGGGUCCCAGGGCUUCCAAGGGUUUAAAGGUAGUCCUGGUGACUGUGCUUGUGGCCCCCCAUUUGUAUUGAGGGGUCCCCCCGGCAUUGUGGGUGACCCGGGGUCUCCAGGGUUUCCAGGAACCCCAGGGGCUCCGGGGCAGAAAGGAGAGGAAGGUUUACCUGGAGACACAGGUGUGCGUGGACAACAGGGUCUGGGUGGAUUUCCAGGUGUCACAGGGUUCAAAGGUCAGAAGGGAGAUUUCACUGUGGUGGAUUUUAAAGGUGAGAAAGGAAACAGGGGCCAGCAGGGCCCUGCAGGCAGACAAGGAUUCUCAGGGAGACGAGGACUGGAUGGGCCCGUGGGGCCCCCUGGAAACCCCGGCCCACCGGGUGAUAGUUUCGCCAGUUCUACUGGAGACAGAGGCUUCCCAGGACUCUCAGGGCCAAAGGGAUUACCAGGACCUUCAGGCCCCCCCGGGCGAGGUGUAGUCGGAGCAGUAGGACAGCGUGGGGCCCCUGGUGACCCAGGACCUUCAGGACUCCCUGGCCCCCCAGGGCCGAAGGGGGUUAGAGGUGAUACUCUGCCCUGUGUACCCAGAAACCCUGGCGCCCCCGGAGAGAAAGGGGACCCUGGAAAUCCAGGUUACCCAGGACUCCCGGGUCCUCCAGGUUUUCGUGGCAUCACUGGACCUGAUGGAGCUAAAGGAGACAAAGGACAACCUGGACUUCCUGGACUACCUGGACGACAAGGACCUCCAGGUAUUACUGGAGAUACCGGAGAAGAAGGACGUGAAGGCGAUAGUUAUGGCGGAAAGCCAGGCUCUCCAGGGCUCCCAGGCUCUCCUGGACUCAGGGGCCCAGCAGGAAACUCUUUUGUCGGGCCCUCAGGACCCAUUGGCUUCCCAGGGCGACCAGGCUCUCAGGGGCCUAAAGGAGUACCUGGCCCCCCCGGCAAUGAUGGACUACCAGGACUCCUGGGUCUGGCUGGGGGCCCUGGACCAAAGGGCCAGAGAGGACAUGAUGGGGUCCCAGGUGAACGUGGCCCCCAGGGGCCCACACGUGAUUUCUGUGAUGCAGGAAAACCUGGUCCCAGAGGCCUUUUGGGCCCUCAGGGGCCCAUAGGACCCCCAGGUUUUCCAGGGGAGAAAGGUGCGAUCGGGGAGAAGGGUCCUCCAGGUUUUGGCCCUAAAGGCCCUCCAGGGAAACCAGGCACUCCAGGUUUCCCGGGGUACCCAGGGCUCCAGGGCCCCUCUGGCCCCACUGGAGACAUUGGACUACCGGGGCCCAAUGGUCCAAAAGGUCUGAUGGGGCCCCGGGGCCAGGAAGGAGGGCCAGGGGCCCCUGGACUGCCUGGGGCCCUUGGAGCCCCAGGGAGGACAGGGGAGAGAGGGGUGAAUGGACGAGAUGGAAGCCCAGGAUGUGAGGGCCAGAAAGGAGAGAAAGGCUGUAAAGGGGCCCCGGGGCUUCCAGGAGAGACUAAGUUUAUCCCCAUCAAAGGAGGAAGAGGAGGAGAAGGACCCUCGGGCUUCAACGGAUUUCCUGGACCACGAGGAAAUAAAGGCGCGCGAGGAGCUACCGGUAAGCCAGGCUAUCCAGGCGUCAAUGGACCCCCAGGCAUCACAGGACUCCCAGGACCCGCAGGGCCCUAUGGCAAACCAGGACCUCGUGGAGUGCCUGGACGUACAGGAGAGCCAGGAUUCAUCGGCUUCCCCGGAGAGACUGGAGAUCCAGGUGACCUGGGAUGUCCGGGCAAAGAUGGAGAGCCUGGGCGGCAAGGAUUUACUGGACCCAAAGGUGAUAAAGGAGACUCUGUUGGUUGUUCUGGUCCACCUGGAGACAAGGGGCCUCCUGGAGACUUCGGGCCCUCAGGACCUCCUGGACCUCGAGGAGAUCCCGGACGACCUGGUGUCAACGGGGCUCCGGGACAGAAAGGAUGCAAAGGAGAUCCAGGCCAGAAGGGAGACCUGGGCGAACCAGGUGUGGUCGGUCCCUCAGGUCCCAGAGGUCGUUCGGGUCUUCCAGGUCUUCCUGGUAAAGCCGGUGCUGAUGGUCCACCAGGACCGCAGGGCUCCCCGGGCCUCCAAGGUCCUCCUGGACCACUUGGACUUCAUGGACUGGACGGACUGAAAGGAGUGAAGGGGGACAUGGGGACCAGAGGUCUGGGUGUGCCGGGUCCUCCAGGUUCUAAUGGUCUUCCAGGGGAUAAAGGUCCUCCAGGUCCUCCAGGACCCAUGGGUCCUUCCCAGCCCGGACCACCAGGACCCACAGGCCCACCAGGACCCAAAGGACCUCCAGGGGUUUUGGGACCUCCAGGUAAAAUGGGACCAGACUGUAAGAGUCCAAUCCCAGGGCCUCGUGGAGAUCCUGGUUGUACUGGGCCAGAUGGAGAGCCAGGGUGUGCUGGUGAGAUGGGGGAUCCAGGUCCGAACCCUCCCGUGCCUGGAGAUGAUGGGGACAAUGGGGCUAUUGGGUGCCAGGGGCCCAUUGGCCCAAAAGGAUCUCCGGGGCCCAGAGGACUGCCAGGCAUCCCUGGAAAUCCAGGAGUUAAAGGCUUGCGGGGGUCUCCAGGUCUGAUGGGACUACCUGGCAGUCGGGGUCCUCAAGGUUGCACUGGUGCAAGUGGGCCUCCAGGACCAAAGGGAUAUGCAGGACCUAUGGGUCCAAAGGGGGAGAAGGGACGUGUCUCCCCCUGCCCCGAUUAUCCUCCCGCAACACAGGGCCCUCCAGGACCUCCUGGCUUUCCUGGUCAGCCUGGAGAUGUCGGCGUCGAGGGAGAAAUCGGCCGGGUGGGACCAAAAGGUAGGAAGGGGGACAUCGGGCUUGAGGGACCGAUAGGCCUUGAAGGUCCCGCAGGUCUAGAUGGAGACCGAGGAGUGCCAGGCCUGCAAGGGGAGGAUGGAAUAGUGGGAGCCAAAGGUGAUCAGGGUCCGAGCGGUGACCCCGGUCCUCCUGGACCAACCAAAAACUUGAACUCGGGCUUCCUGUUGGUGAUGCACAGCCAAUCAACGACAGUACCCUCCUGUCCACUAAACAUGAGGGUCCUGUGGAUCGGAUACAGUCUGCUGUACCUGGAGGGUCAGGAGAAGGCUCACACUCAGGACCUGGGUCAGGCUGGGUCCUGUAUGCGGGUCUUUUCCACCAUGCCAUUCUCCUCCUGUAACAUGGGAACCUGCUCUUACGCCAGUCGUAACGACAAAUCCUACUGGCUGUCGACGACGGCAGCCGUCCCUAGUAUACCAGUGGGCGGAGCCUCCAUUGAAGAUCACAUCAGCCGCUGUGUGGUGUGUGAAGCCCCCUCCGCACCUGUCGCUCUGCACAGCCAGACCUCCAACCAGCCAGAAUGCCCCCCCAGCUGGAGGAGCCUGUGGACCGGAUACUCCUUCCUCAUGCAUACAGGUGCAGGUGACGAGGGCGGCGGCCAGUCCCUGACAUCAUCAGGUAGCUGUCUGACAGACUUCAGGGCCCAGCCCUUCGUGGAGUGUCAGGGGCCUCGAGGAACCUGCCACUACUUCGCCAACAUCUACAGUUUCUGGCUGACCAGAGUGGGGAAGACCACCUCCAACUCCAAUAGCUCCUCCACCACGCUGACCGAGGGCUGGCAGCAGAGGGAGAGCAUCGGGAGGUGCAACGUCUGCAUGAGGGGUUGAGGGGGAGCACCUCCUCCUUCUCCUCCUCCUGCAGAGCCUGAGAGGACGGACAGGACGAGACUCGUCUGUUUGUCUCUGUGAGGAGAGACCAUCAUGUUAAAGAUAACGCUGCCAAUCAAUCAGUCAGUCCUGUUCAGAUCAUCAGGAGUGACUAAGUGCAGCACAAACGUCACAGCAGACAGAUGAACUGGGGUUGUCUGAUGUCAGUUUGUAGUCAGGAUGUUUGAUCUCCACCCAGAUGUCAAAGAUCAGAUAUAAAACCUCACCAGUUGUGGGAUCACUGGGCUCGUGUUCAUGUUUGGAUCAGCAGGUAAAACCUUCUUAGAUUUUAUUGUAAACAAAAUUUCCACCGGACAAAACAGAGUGAGGAGGGGAUUUGGAUUUAUUCAGAUUCAUUCAAAUUUAAAUUCCAGAUAAACGUGUUAAAAACACAAUUUUGAAAAGCAGAUUAGCUGUUUAAAAAUGUAUUUCUGAUGUGAAUUUGUCAAACAAAGCUUCAGUUUACAGCUCACUGUUCAGUCAGUUAACAAAACUACUUACUUAGGAAAGUGAACUCUCCUAUAUUUUAACAUUAAUAGCUGUAUUUUGGAAAAGUUUGAUGACUAUCAUGGUAAAGCAGCUUUAUUUUUACCUGCAUGAGUCCAGUUGGUGCUGAUUUUUUACCUCUCCAGUGGCUUAACAUUUUAACAUUUUACUGUUCAUUCAUCAAUGUUGUAGGCUGAAAAUUCUUACAAUCUCCAAUAUGAAAAUGUGUGGCCUAUUCACCGAAUAAAAAAAAGUUUUACUUUCUGUCAACUAAAAUGUGCAUCAUACGUCUACGACCUGGCACCUUUAUUCCCUUAAGUCUCUCUAGCUUGGCUCGGUAGAGGUUCCAAUUUAAUAGUGGACACAGAUUAGUUUGCUUUCAUCGCCACCGCUGCAAAGUUAAAGCACCAAAUAAUUUUAAAUAGCUACCUGCAGAGUCGCCACCUUGUGGUAAAACAUAUUAAUGAAUGCUCAUGUCGACCUAUUUGUAAUAUUGAUAGGUUUAGACUUAACAGGCGAUGUUAGCGUCAGGAUUAGGCUAAAAUAUGUUUUGCAGCUUCAGACUUAUAUUUAUUUUUAUUGUUAGUAUUAUUAUUUUGGCCAAAAAUGUCUCUUUUGAUAGUGAAGGUGUCCGACUCCUGUUUUAGGGUGAGAGUAUUAACAGAAGAGAGGUCUAAAGAUUUUUGGGGUAAUAAAUUGGCAUCUUAAAUCCUCCUGUGACCCUGCGUCCUCAAAUGAGGACAUCACAUUUUUGAUUGCUGCACCUCACACUUUGUCCUGCUUAACUUAGACCUGUUGUCCUCAUCCGUGGACACUUCUUUGUGCCAUCUCGUGGUAGUAAAAGCACAGUACACUAAUCCAUGUAAAAAACAAGAUGGCAGCCAUCUCUGCCAAGUCAGUCUGCACUAGCUGAUCCUGACACAAAAGUGGACAAGGUCCAAAACCUGAUUAAAUUUUAUGAUUUAAACUUGUUUAUUUAUGUUUUAUGAAGUUUGUAGUUUGAUGUGGCAUCAAAUUUGAUCAACUUUAGCAACAGUAACAAGCUAAGACGGUGUUGAUUAGGAAGUACUCAUUUGAGGACACUGGGACUUUAUUAUCGCAGCAUUUCUCUCAGGCCAGCUGGGUGUUACAGACUGUUCCUACAGACAAAAACACAUUCGUAUGGCGCAAGGAAAUUUCAUACAACAUUACAAGAGAAACAAAUCACAAGGCUUUUAGAUAUAGUACAUUAUUUGCCAUUUUGUUUUUACACAGUUGUGUUCAGGUGUUGAAAUGAACAGUUUCAGUCAGUCGUAGACCUGAACAGUGACCCCUAACCCACAGAGUUACAAAACAUUGAACAAAUGUUGCAUUGAUUGUAAUUUUGUUUUAACACAACAAUGUUCAGACACCUAAGUAAUCAGUUUUAUAUUUGUUACACACUUGUGAGCAUUUAAAAUAAACUCAUUAUCCAUGUAUGAGGACACUGUUUUUAAAAAACCCACUUGCUGUUAAAAGAUAAUGCUUCAUUUUUUAUUCUCAGCAGGUUUUACCAGUCCCUAGUAGCUAGGAGAAUUUGGAAAUGCAUACCAAACAAAAGCUGGGGUGUCAGGAGGUUAAAUUAGCUUGUAAAUUAAAAAUAUAAAGGACCAAUAAUUGAACCCUGUGGAACCCCAUUAAUGAUUAUCCCCUUUUUCACUAUGUUGCUUGUUGUGUGUUUGCUGAAGUUUGAUUGCAUUAGAUCAAACUACUCCAUACGAUGAUAACUGUCACACUGUUGUGGAGUCAUCCUGAUGUUGUGUCUCCUUUCACCAUUAGGAGGCGCUAAGGUCAGACAUAUUAAAUAUCUACACAUAAGAGUGAGUUAAAGAUCCACGGACAAAACAAAACAGAAUGAGGUGUUAAAAAUGUCAGAAUGGCCUGUUUAAGGGUGAAUCAGUGGAAGGGACUGUGAGGUCUGAGGUCACUUAUUGAUUUAUGAUCAGUUUAUUGAUAAUUUGAGUUGUGAAUGACUCGUAAAAGAGCUCUUUGUUUUGUCCUGAACGCAGAUUAUUUAGCUGGUGUGAUUCGUGUUUUCCAUUCUUUAUUCUUCAUUCAUAUUUGCUCUUAACUUUUCAGUAUUUAGAAUGAACAUGUACUGUAUAUGCCACGUGUUGAAGACGUGUUGUUUUCAAUUCAAACUGUGACAGAAAGAAACAUUUUUAUUGAUAAUUUUGUCCAAACAUAUUAAUUCAAAAGUUGUGUAGCUUCUGCAAACUCGUUUUAAGAGAAACUUCAGUAUUUUUCAAUCUAGACCUUAUUUCUUUUGCCACUAAGUGAUGAAUGGGAUCAACAAUUUUUAAACUGGUCCAGUAUUGAGCAACAGCGCUGCUGUCGGCAGUGCAGAACGUUAAUGAGCAUUUGCCUCAUAACGUCCACUAGAUUUGUUUGUUUUUGUCACUGACAGGCUCAGAUUGUUAUUUUAAGUGUCUGACAACAUUAUGGAAAGGAUCCUUGCAGAGACAGACCUUUGUGUUUAGGAGUAAGGUCCUUUUUGUUUAAUGAGAAACAGCCCUGAAAUCACCAUCACCAAACCCACCAGACUACAUUUAAAUAAACAGUAAUUUUAUUAUAAAACACACUUAAUUCAAAGUCGACAGAAACAAACUAUAACUCACAAAAACCACAGUGGUUUGUCUUUAUACUGUUCCAUCUAUACCAGCUCUGGUUUGGUUAAAAUUAACCCUUAAUUCACCCAGUUAGAUGUGUAAACAUGCUGCCUCUUUACACACUAAAAUCACUGUUUAUUUAAAUGGAGUCUGGUGGGUUUAGUGAUGGUGAUUUCAGGGCUGUUACUGGUUUAACAAAAAGGACCAGGUUGAAAAUACGGAAUUUACUCUUUUAGGUAGAAGAGAGUAUGAACACCACCAAACCGACCAAUGAAAUCUCGCUCAUAUCUAGUUAUUAAGUUGGGUAUAAUUCUGUUGAUCAUUUCCAAACAUGGCUCAGCCCCAGUUUGAAUCAGUUCUGAUGUGACGUUUUUUAAAAGUCAUAUUUAUUUCGCUUAUCACUGUUGUCAGGUGAAGAACUUGUAUCUAAAUGUCAACGUUUUAUUAGCUCAGUAACCCCAUCCCAGUCGCCAGAGGGAAGUGUUGUACAUUUCUGCAAACCACAGAUACAUUACAUUUGUAUGUUUCAUACAUAUCAUAUCAGCUUUCUGAAGUGACGUAGUAUAUGAGCUGACUUUGUCGUAAGGAGGUGGAGGGGAUGGUGGAUGGUGUGACACUUAGGAGAGAUGUCUGCCAAGCUGCAGACCACUGUUCAACACCAACAAUCAACGAAAAUGGUUGUUUUUAGUGAGACAUCGCAGCGUUUCCAGCAGUUUUUCAGCCCCCAAACUUGGGUGUUUCUCGCCGUGUGUCAAGCAGGACAAUGCCACAAAAAAUCAAAAAGUCCUCAUCCCAACUCGUCAAAUACUGCCAUUUUGUCAGUGGAUCAAAAAAUGAUGCUCUGUGUAGCCUCCUGUCAGUUUUGGACUUUCAGGGAUGGUGUGUCAAAUUACUUCUGUAACGUGCGCUGUGCCUUUUCAAAAUAUACUUCCAUCUUCACAGGAAAUGUACCUGCUCAUUACAUGCACACAGCCUUUUUCAGAAUACACUUACAACAUAGGUCCACGGUGAGAUUUAGCAAAAAAAUGGUUUGACCUAAUAUAAAUACGUUUGUUAUGAACAUGAUGUCAUAUGUAACAUAUUCUCACUCUCCACUGAAAUAUCGCAGCUUAGUCAGUAGACUUUGACAUCUACAUAUGACGCGCUAGAUAUCCACGGGGCGUCUGUUGUUGACGUUUUGGGACAUCGAUUUUUCAAAAUAAACUUCCAUUUUUACAGGAAAUGUACAGUUUCUGCUCAUUAGAUGCAAACAGUCUUUUUCAAAAUAAACUCAAGUUGGUAAAACAUGUAUUCACGUUUAUGACAUUGUUCAAGAAACGCACAUGGUUAGGUUUAGAAAUAAACAUCAUGGUUUGGCUCUACAUUCAAACAGGAAGCUAACAGCAGACUCCUGGGUGAAAGUCCAGUGUUUGUUGGACCCACUCUAUAGGGACUUUGCAGCUCGUAACAUUUUGUUUUUGUCCUGCUGCAUCUCGAGCUGAUGUCAUCUGAAAGGGGCGCAUCAAACUGCUGACAAAGUAUGCCAUUUUUUAUUGGUGUCUGAUGCGGAAAUCACACUACAAUAUUUGACGACUUCAUAUUGAGAAUGGGUUGUUGUGUGGCAUACAUCCCUAGCGUAGCGUGCUAUACUAACGCACUAUGUUGUUAUUAAAGUAACUCCAUUGACCUUUGGUUUCACACAGGAAAUGACGGGCUCCUGGGUUAAAGUCCAGAGUUUGUUUGACCCAUCCACCUCCGCUCCCACCCUCCCAAUAUGGACUUUCUCGCUCAUCAUUUUACGGUAGUUGCUGGCGGCGUGUAUCAUACAGCAGCGAAGGGUUCCUCUUGGCGUCUUUGCGUCGGUGUCUCAUGCCGACGUCCACUGACAAAGCAGCGCUACAUGAGCUGUCGGGCUGUCGCCUGCUGUGUCAAAAAUCACCACUACCUGAUGUGUAUCAUACCACUGCAAAGGGUGCCUCAGUGCGUCACUAGUUCAAUGUCGAGAUCACUAAAACAACAGGGUUAUUUGAUGUUGUUGUGGUUGGGAGUGAGAACGAGCUCAUAUUUUAAGCCACGAUGUGAUUUUUGUCUGAGCAUUACCAAAUAGUUUUUGUUCUAAACGUAACCACGCCAACCACGGCGCUGCUGAUAUGUUAAGUUUCAUCAUAUCAGCCACAUGAUGAUGUACAAAUGCCACAUAUCUGUUUGCAGAAACGUACAAUGCCAACAUUUUUUCUGGGACUGGGUUGGUAAACCAGACUGGUUUCAUCUGGAUGACUUUUAUUUCAGUGCUUUUAUUGUGAAAAUAAACACCAGGUUACAAGGUUUCCUCUGAUAUCGCACAUAUCCUGUGAUGUCACAUCCUGUGAUUCAGCAGCUGAUCGGUUGGUGGCGUUGACGUGAUGUUCUCUCCUCAUGAGAGAGCACGACGAGAGAACACCUGAGUGAACUUUAGCCCCGCCUCCAGCCCCGCCCACUGCACAACUAGAAGUGCACUGAGAAACGUUAUGAUUGGUCGGCUGAGAGGCAGCGACUGCAUUUUAAUUGGUCAGCUGGGAGGCAGUGACUGCGUGUCAUUGGUCAGUCAGUAUUUUGUUAAUAAGUAGGGAGAGAAUCGUGUGAGAAGCUGUGAAUACAUUUGACAUCAAACCUUGAAACGUGCUUUUUUUUUUUGUUCCAGUUUUCUUUCAGAUCAGACGCGUUCGGAGUUUCUCCCUCAGCUCAGCUUCAUGUUCUUUAUUCAUGUUCUUCAGUUUUCAGUGUAAAAACAAAGAGAGCAGCGUGUCGUGAGUCGAACAUCUGAACGGACGAGCUGCGGCACAGAACCAGGAGCUGAACCGGGACCAGCAACUGAUGUUGUCUUUUCUCUUCAUGGUUCAGUCAAAUCACGUCAUGGCGUCUGUGUGUUAGAGUCGACUUGAAUAUUUAUCUGUCUGAUACUUUCAUAUCAAAACUAACUAAAGCUUCGUAGUCGCCGUCACAAAACGUAAACAGGGUCAACUGCUGAAAGACAAAUUACUUCCUGUUAAACUUUAAUUUAGAAAAAAUAUUUUGGAGAUAUCUUAAGAUUUUGUGUUUUUGUCCAGUUUCAGUUCAGUUUUUAUUCCUGGUUGUGUCAAAGCGUCUGGUCCUGGUCCUGGUCUUGGUCCUGGUUCUGGUUCUGCUCCUGGUUCUGUUUUAUCUCUCUGUGAUUUGUAAAUAUGUUUGGACUCCACCGUUUUAUAUUUUUACUGUAAAUGUCAUCAGAGUAUUUAUUUAGCCUGAAAUUAAUGUUGGUGCUAUUUGAUGUUUCAUUUGUUUGUUUUUGUUUUAUUUUGGUAAACGGUGACUUGGUGAAACCCCGCCCCCUUCCUCCCUCCUACAAAACAAAAUGCACAAACAUAACGGUGUUCAUGAUGGAGGAGUCUGACCUUUAUAUUCAGUUUAUUAUCUGUGCGCACCUCGUUAACUACAGCUCCCAUGAUGCUUUGAGAUGAGGCCUGUGUCUAUUGCUGAAGACCAGACACCUCAGUGUUUUAAUAAAGGAUGUAAAAAAAAAAAAAAAGAAAUGAGAAA